GGUGGUAGAAGUUUUUUUCUCUUUGGUCAUUGUACUACGACACGCUGCGUCACGCUAAUGUAUUUUACUACAGGAUCAUCUAAUCUAUAUAAACACAACAAACCUUUACCUUUGUUUGUUACGAAGUUCGUUGAUAGGUACUUGUUUCGCGUCAUAGCUUUUAGCGUCUAUCCGACGCAGUAGCACGGUUUGUUUCGUAAUAUUGUUGUUAUUUACAUUGUAUAAUGGCUGAGGCGGCCGAAAGUGAGCCUAUGCCAUCGUCUAGUGAGGGUGAGGUCGAGACUGACGUGAAAGAUUCCGAUGAGCCAUUGACUAAAAAACGUAAACUGACCGACAAAGAGGGGAGCGACAAGCUCGAGCAUAGGCUAGGGGGAAUCCUCUGCUGCGCAGUUUGCUUGGACCUGCCUCAGGCGGCCGUGUAUCAGUGUAGCAAUGGUCACCUCAUGUGUGCUCCAUGCUUCACGCACUUACUCGCGGAUGCGCGACUGCGGGACGAGGCGGCUACGUGCCCCAACUGUCGUGUGGAAAUCUCUAAGACAACCGCCUCCAGAAACCUAGCCGUCGAGAAGACUGUCUCGGAGCUCCCUUCCGAGUGCAAGUUCUGUACGCGUGUGUUCCCGCGCCACUCGUUGCAGCACCACGAGGAGAACACGUGCGAGGAGAGGAAGUUCAAGUUCUCGCAAAUCGUAGUCGAUUCGUCAACAAACAGGCGCUACUUGGAUAGUUUGGUUCGCAUUGUGUCCAGCAUAUACGUGCCCCUGGCCGCGGCACUGGGGCGCAGUAUAGCGGCGGCGGGCGCGGGCGACACGUGCGCCGCGCGGCCGCCGCUCAAGCGCCGUAGGUAUGGCAGACUGACGGGGUGCCGCUACGCGUGCAUCGGGUGCCCGUGGCUGGGCCCGGCGCACGAGGGCGGCGCGCACGAGGCGGCCUGCGCACACCCCGGCAAGUCGGCUGCCGACGUAGUAGCCACGCUGGCUGAACGGGACCGCGUCGUCAAUGAGGCUAAUGCAGUCUACAAUCAGGUGCUCGAUCUGCUCUCCUACGAGAAAAUUGCCUUCAACGACCUGCAGUUGAAGCCGUACCGUACGGAGGAGUUCAUGCACAAGCUGUACUAUGAGACGUCGCGCUUCUCCGCCUUCGGCCACCAGUGGGUGGUGAAAGCUUUCGUCAACAAGAACCAGCGGGACCCCACGCAGAGCUCGCAGCGGGAGAUCACCUACCAGCUGAUCCUGAAGAGCAAGGCCCCGGUGGGGCUGGGCGUGCAGUGGGUGGUGCUGCGCGGGCCGUGGGGCGAGGCGCGGCUGGGCGCGGCCGUGCGCGCGCACUGCUUCCACGAGGACGCGCCCGACGCCGCGCCCGCGCCGCUGCCGCUGGCCGACCGCGACGACACCAACCGCCUGCUCUCCAACAAGGCCAUCCACUUCCGACUGAUGAUGUUCCUGUCGACGAAGUGAUCUCCCGGUGCGAGUGGCGACUGUCCGAGCUGUAUCGCUUUACAAUCACACCACACUGCGUUUACCAAAGAACAAUGCAAUAAUGCCUAACUCCACACAUACAUACCUACAACACAUUCACACACACCCACACACCCGAUACGCGCAUAUAGACCAGUUUGAAACCACAAAAUAUAAAAUAAUAAUUGAAGUUCUUUAAUACCGCCAUAACCAUUCCAUUGGCAAAUUUUGCGUGGUGGUGACUAUUUAUGUACUAUAAUUUUCAACGUAACUUACUUUUCUUAUUCUUGCGUUAACAUAUUAUCUCCGAGGAGAACGAUUAAAACUAAAUUAUUGCAAUAACCGUAAAAUGAUAAUAAAAUUCACAAUACGCGAACUUGCCUGCCUACCACGAAAGAUCUGUAUAUGAAUCGUGGCGGGGACUAAACUUACUGUAAUGUACCUAGGUGUAUAAACGUAUUAUUUAUUGAAUUUCCCCAGAUAGUGCAGCAUUACGAACGAUCCGCUAAAACAUUUAUAGUAUUUAGUAUUUAUACACAUUUACUUCGAUACUGAUUUUCCAACAUACAGAUUUACAUUAUUGCAUGAUAUUAUUUUGUUCUAAAUGAUAGUUAUGAAUAAAUUCGGAAGGCCGCUGUUUGAGAUUAUAAUUGAGUACAAAUUGAUAUUGUUUGGGAUUCAUUUGUUGACUGCUUAGAUUGUAAGUACUGAGCAAAUAGAUUAUUAUCUGUAGAACACUAGAGGUUCUGUUCUUGAAGUACUUCGCCGGGAAUGCCGGGAUGUUAUUUGCUGCUUUAUAGCGGUUUCAGACUAGCGUUUUAUACGCUCGUAUAAGUUCGUUUCACGUGGCGCCCUUUUUGUUCCGCGGGCCGCAACACGACAACGACCCCACGUCUGGUUCGGGCGAACAUAGCGCGAGUCCGACUUUUGAGAAGCGCGUAAUGUGUAGCGCGCUGAGAAAGGAUUCUCUGUGUACGGUAGCGCGUGUAAACGCGUAUGCUGAAGCGACCUUAUUCGCGCAGAACAAUACGCUAAUCUGAAACCAGACUCAUUGACUGAGUCGGCCGAGUGAAAUGUCGAGAGUGACUGCAUUUAAUAUAAUCAAUGUAUGUGUUUGGUACUGACGACGGCUAUGAAUAUUGGAAUAUUUUAUACGUUCGAUUUUGUACAAAUUUGGUGUAUCUUGAGUGUCUAAGUUUUAGUUAUGGGCAUAUGAUUGUAAGAAGAAUAUUUGUGCGUGUGUCAUUUGGGGCCAGGUUACAGUGGUAACGGUAUAUCGGGGUGAAUACAUACUGACGAGUUGACGAGUUGACGACUGGUAGACAGUUGGGAACAUGUUCCGACAUUCUAUUCACCCUCUGAAUUGUAUUCACCCCGUUUUACUGUACUUGACUUUAUAAUGCAUAGCAAUAUUGUUUAAUUUACAAUUAGUAAUAUUUCUGGGUUUCGAUAAAAGUGCUAAGUUAUUGAA